UCUUUUAUUAAUAUAUUGAUUUAUAAUAUCAGAGGACACUUUAUAAACGUUGUUUUUGAUGAUUCCUGUGUGUGUUCUUUAAAUAAACAGCUUUAAAUCCGCUGGAACGAGGCUCGUGUUCGUCCGCAGAGAUGUAGGUCAAACCCUGUUUUAUUUUGAAACUCCCACCGGAAACACGCCGUGUAUAACCCGUCCACCUUGGCGGUGGUACGCUGACCCAGUUUGGGCACACUCUCUCCGGCUCGGUUUGAAUGAGCGGCGCGGGGAGCGCGUGGAGGAGGCGACGGUCGAGAAGCAGCGCGCGCUGGCUCCGACUCUGACCAUACGCGCGCGCGCGUAUGCAGCACCAUGCUGGAAACCAAGUUUUCAUCCGCGCAAUGAAUCCUGCCAACGAGACCAGGACCGAGAGGAGUCCCGAGCAGGACGCGUUCACCGUCGGAACUUACAAACUUCUCGCGUUCACCAUCGGAACCAUCGGAGUGUUCGGCUUCUGGAACAACGUGCUCGUCCUCAUCCUCUACUGUAAAUUCAAGCGGCUGCGGACUCCCACCAAUCUGCUGCUGGUCAACAUUAGUCUGAGCGACCUGCUGGUUUCUGUCAUCGGGAUCAACUUCACAUUUGCUUCGUGCGUCAAAGGCGGAUGGAUCUGGAGCCAGGCGACGUGCGUCUGGGACGGAUUCAGCAACAGCUUGUUCGGCAUCGUCUCCAUCAUGACGCUGGCCGCCCUCGCCUACGAGCGCUACAUCCGGGUGGUCCACGCCCAGGUGGUGGACUUCCCCUGGGCGUGGCGGGCCAUCGCCCACAUCUGGCUCUACUCCCUGGCCUGGACGGGGGCCCCUCUGCUGGGCUGGAACCGCUACACUCUGGAGAUCCACCGGCUCGGCUGCUCUCUGGACUGGGCGUCUAAAGACCCCAACGACGCCUCCUUCAUCCUCUUCUUCCUCCUCGCCUGCUUCUUCGUGCCCGUGGGCGUCAUGAUCUACUGCUACGGGAACAUCCUCUACACGGUGCAGAUGCUGCGCUCCAUCCAGGACCUGCAGACGGUUCAGAUCAUCAAGAUCCUGCGCUACGAGAAGAAGGUGGCCGUGAUGUUCCUCCUGAUGAUCUCCUGCUUCCUGGUGUGCUGGACGCCCUACGCCGUCGUGUCCAUGAUGGAGGCCUUCGGCAGGAAGAGCAUGGUCUCUCCCACGCUCGCCAUCAUCCCCUCGUUCUUUGCCAAGUCCAGCACGGCCUACAACCCGCUCAUCUAUGUGUUCAUGAGCAGAAAGUUCCGCCGCUGUCUGCUGCAGCUGCUCUGCUCGCGGCUCUCCUGGCUGCAGCGCAGCCUCAAAGAGCGCCCCCUGGCUCCGGCCCAGCGCCCCAUCCGGCCCAUCGUCGUGUCCGGCUCCUGCGGGACCAGGGACCGACCCAAGAAGAGGGUGACCUUCAGCUCCUCCUCCAUCGUCUUCAUCAUCACCAGCGACAACUUCCAGCACCUGGACGUGACCUCCCAGGCCGGAGGCUCCUCGGAGGUCAACGUCAUCCAAGUGAGGCCACUGUGAUCCGGACUGGACUCCUCCUCCUCCUCCUCACCACCACUCAGUAUGCCUUAGGAUGUAACAUGCAAUUCCAAGCCAAAACAAUCCCGUCUGACCUCCGGUGACGUUUCUGCGUCUACACACAGUUACAGACUCGUCACCAGUUAACUGUAAUUAUCCACCUGUCGGCUGAACACGUCCCGACAGCGUUUAGUAUCCUCAUCUAACAUCAGCCGUGGUGAUGUAGUUUACAGUUGUGUUCCUCUCACACUUAUUUGUCAGAUCCACCAUGAAGUGUAAUGGACUCUGUGGGACUGUGGAGCGUUCAGAGCCCGGCCGAGUCGUGGACCUGGGUUUUGGUUUGUUUAAGGGAACGUGGAAAAUAAGCCUUAGCUCCUUAACCAUCAAACGUAGUGCACACACUGACAUUACUGUAUGGAUUCAAUAAAGGUUUCAUAUUUUAAGCUA